UGCAUGCGACUCAAUUUGAUUACACGCCACCGCUCGGUUACAGAUUUGUCACCGCAUGGAAAUAAUCAACCACCAUAUUUGCAUAGCUCGAUGCUACUCCAGAACUAUAACUUCCGCCUGAGGUGUCCGCUUCCGACCGAAAUAUGCGCUUCCGAUUUCCAGUACUUCCGCUUCCGACCAAAAAUUUGCGUUGCCGAGUUACAGCGCCCGACCAAAAAUAUAACUGCUUCGGAUUUUUCAAAUCUGCACACCUAUGCCAGAAGGACACCACGUCCAAUACAGCAAACAACCCACGAUGACAAGAAUAAUAUCAAUCUAUCUAUCACCGCAUUUCUUAGAGUGUACCAUUUAUGUACAUACUUUUAUCACAUACGAUACUGAUGAAAUUUCCUACCUAAAUCGGGAAUAUUUCACAUCACGUUAAACCCUCGGGGUCUCCAUAACGCUCAGAAAAUGAGCAACAACGUAGUAAAGUCGAUAAAUAAAUAAAAAUUUCAAAAAUAUUUCAGAAAAAUAUUUCAUUUUUCAAAAUGUCCAAACCCGCUCCUCCUCGCAGCGCGUUAAACACAUUUUUGGCCUUAUACCUCGUCCUCCCCUUGAUAACCUUGCUCUCCUGGAUUUUCAAAAACCCCUCGGUCGAAAAGUACUUGGCGUCCUGUGGCGUCCUUUACUUUUCCGACGUCCCGGGUUCCUUUGUGCCCGAAUUUCUUAAGGGGAACGGACCAGCCCAGUACGUUUCCGGUUUGUACGAACGCCUCAAAGUGGACAAAAGUUAUCUCGGUGGGUUUACCCUGUUCAACAAGACGUACUACGUUACCCGGGAUCCGGGCCUGAUUCGGGAAAUUUGUGUCAAAGACGUUACUCAAAUUGAGCGGACAGAAUCCACCCUCUCCUUCGCGGGGGAUUACAUCAUUUCAAAAUCCCUCGUCUACCUGCAAGGCGACCAUUGGAAGAAAACCCGCGCCAAAUUUGACCGUGGUUUCACACCGAGCAAAAUCAAGCACAAUUUCGCCCAGAUAAACCACGUGGGCAGAAAUCUAGUAGAAUACUUCAACCACGAAAUGGACCCCGCGGGAAGUUUGGUUUGCGAUUUGAAUUUACCCAUCCAUAAAUACUCGCUCGACGUGGUGGCCUCCGUUACCCUGAAUUUAGACACGGUUUGCCUCAAAACCCGGGAACCGUCACGUUUCGAACAAAUUUCUGACAGGGUUUAUACCUCCUUUGAUAAAUUUACGGACUGGGUGAAACCCAUGUUUAUCCUGUGGUUACCCCGGGUAACAAACUAUUUCCGGGUUACAAUAAUGGAUAAAGAAAUUGGCACCUUUUACGGGGACGUGGCCCAGGCCAAGAUUCAAAGUGAGGGUGGGGCGGGAAAGAAAAAUUUGAAUGAUUUUGUCCAUCUGAUUCAUUCCUCGUAUAAAGAGUUGUACGGGCGGGAGGCGAUUGGGCGGGGAGCGAAUGGGCGGGGAGCGAUUGGGCGGGAAGCGAUUGGGCGGGGGGCGAAUGGGCGGGAGGAGGAUGAGAAGGACUUUAUAAUCUCGAAUUUGUACACUUUGGUGCUCACUGGGUACGAAACGACGGAAGUUGUCUUGGCCAUGUGCGCCUACGAAUUGGCGCUGAAUCCGAAUGUGCAGAGGAGAUUGAGGGACGAAAUAAAGGACGUGCUGGGGGAUGAAUUCACAUAUGACGGGGUUUGUGGGAUGACCUAUCUCGACAUGGUUAUCCAUGAAACGUUGAGAAUGUACCCUCCCUUGGGAAUGGUGCCGCGCGUGUGUAUCCAGGAAUACGCUGUUCCGAACAGUAAAGUCAUCCUGCGGCCGGGAGACAGCGUGAUCCUUUCGAUCCACGGGUUUCAGCGGGACGAAGAGUAUCACCCGAAUCCCGACGUUUUUGAUCCGGACCGAUUUUCCACGGAAAAUCGGAGCACCACGGAAUUUGCGUAUUUCCCCUUCGGCCACGGGGUCAGGAUGUGCAUAGGAAUGCGGAUUGCCCUGUUAGAAGUAAAAUUGGGGGUGUGUCACAUCGUUCAAAAUUUUGAACUUGCCGCCACCCCGGAAACCCUGGUGCCAAUGAGGAUACCCGCAUCAAUGACGACAGCCCGGCCAGAAAACGUGGUCCUGUCCUUGACUAAAAUUGGUUAAUUUAAAUGGAAUAAUUGAAUCAAGUUUAUACGUGGAACUGUGGAAGUGAAAAUUUGAAGAUGAUUUACAUAUUUCCAAAAACAAAACACGUGUAUAUUUUAAAAAUUAUUGGAUUUUUAAAAUUUUAAAUAAAAUCCAAUAUUUACAUGAGUAAAGUGUGCAAUUUUUAAAUAACGGUGUCACGUCUGUCUAGCUUGAAAACAAAUUUACAUAAUUCAAUUUGAAAUAGGUAUGUAAAUUAUAAUUUUAAAUUUUAAUACGCAUUUGGAGUUUUCAAAUUAUGCGUAUCGUAUUGCAUAUUUACGACAUUUGGUGCACCGGUGGUGACCUUUGACCGUUCAACUUGUCCUUAAUUUG